AUGAAGCUUCAAGGGACUGAACACCAUCACAACCAAGAUGAGCUUGAGGCUCCAAAGGUUCCGCUGGACGAACUUCAAGAGGCCAAACAGCAUGACAGCCCAAACGAUCUCGAAGUACUUAAGCUUCCACGGGACGACGGGCCUCCCUAUAAUUCUCGGAUCACCAUAGCUUUGAAGGCACUCGCCGGUAGUAGAACUUACACACGACCCGGCUCGUAG